AUGGGUUCUCUUAUGGCAGGAUGGGACUCUAACACCUCAUCUUCAUCGCUAGAAAGGAAUCGAUCACUCACCAAAGAAGAAAUCGAUGCUUUCUGGAAAUCAAAGAAGGACACAGAGGAAGAACACCUCAAGGCUAUUUCAAAUUUAUCAAAGACUAUUCAGCCUGGAAAGUACGAGGAUACUGUGCCCUUGGCCCUACGCAUGAAGAAGACAUUAGGCAUGGAUGUUAACAACAAUUUGGAGCAGCUUAUCAACAAAAAUGGCUGGUGGACGAAGAGCAACUGGGCAUUUUUGAAUGAACCUCCGGUGAUGGAAACUUCUUCAAACAAGUAUGUAUCACAGUUUCAUGUAGCCAACUCGGGAUCAUCGAAACAAAACCCUGGACAUGGAAUUAGUGCUUGA